UCUCCGUCCGAUGGGCGGGGCGCUGACCCUCAAAAGCCCACUGCGGAGCCGCCCGGCUGCCUUUUCUCCGAGGACAGCGACGUGGUCGUAGCCAUGUCGGAGGCUGAGGCAGGCGCCGCGAUGCCUGAAGAGGCCAGGCCCAACGAGAGGACGCUGCAGGUGCUGCGCGACAUAGCCAACCGCCUGCGCAUCCACUCCAUCAGGACCACAUGCACCGCGAGCUCCGGCCACCCUACAUCAUGCAGCAGCGCUGCUGAGAUCAUGUCUGUGCUGUUCUUUUACACCAUGAGAUACAAACAGUCGGACCUAGAGAACCCAGACAAUGACCGCUUCAUCCUCUCCAAGAGACUGUCAUUUGUUGACGUGGCCACAGGAUGGCUCGGGCAAGGCCUGGGGGCCUCAUGUGGGAUGGCAUAUACUGGCAAGUACUUCGACCGGGCCAGCUACCGGGUGUUCUGCCUCCUGGGAGAUGGCGAGUCCUCAGAAGGCUCUGUGUGGGAGGCGCUGGCCUUUGCGGCCUACUACAGUCUGGAUAACCUCGUGGCGAUUUUUGACGUGAACCGCCUGGGGCACGGUGGCAGCUUCCCUCUGGAGCACUACGUCGAGGUCUAUCAGAAGCGCUGUGAAGCCUUCGGGUGGAACACUUACGUGGUGGAUGGUCGUGACGUGGAGGCGCUGUGCCAGGUGUUUUGGCAGGCAGCUCAUGUAAAGGGCAAGCCCACUGCUGUGGUGGCCAAGACCUUCAAAGGCCGAGGCAUGCCAAACGUGGAAGAUUCAGAAAGUUGGCAUGGAAAGCCAAUGCCACAAGAGCGAGCAGAUGCAAUUAUCAAAUUAAUUGAGAGCCAGAUACAGACUAACAGAAGUCUUACACCACAACCCCCCAUUGAAGACUCACCUCAAGUCAACAUCGAGGAUAUAAAAAUGACCAUUCCUCCUGCUUAUGAAGUUGGCGACAUGAUGGCUACUCGCAAAGCAUGUGGUCUGGCUCUGGCUAAGCUGGGCUACUCGAAUGACAGAGUUGUCGUGCUGGAUAGUGACACCAAGAACUAUACCUUCUCCGAGAUAUUCAAGAAGGAGCAUCCUGAGCGGUUCAUUGAGUGCUUUGUUGCUGAACAAAACAUGGUGAGCGUGGCACUGGGCUGUGCCAUGCGUGGCCGAACUGUUGCUUUUGCCAGCACCUUUGCCGCCUAUUUGAGCCGGGCAUACGAUCAGAUCCGUGUGGGUGCCAUCUGUGGGAUCAACCUCCGAAUCAUCGGCUCCCACUGUGGGGUGUCCGUGGGGGAAGACGGACCCACCCAGAUGGCCCUGGAGGACCUGGCCAUGUUCCGCGCCCUCCCCAGCUGCACCAUUUUCUACCCCAGUGAUGCUGUCUCCACUGAGCACGCUGUUUAUCUGGCAGCCAAUACCAAGGGAAUAUGCUACAUCAGGACCAGCCAACCAGAAACUGAAGUUAUUUACACCCCACAAGAGACCUUCAAGAUCGGACAGGCCAAGGUCAUACGCUACAGUGAUAAGGACAAAGUCACCAUUGUUGCAGCUGGGGUGACUCUGCAUGAAGCCUUAAUGGCUGCUGAUGAGCUCUGCCGCCAAGACAUCUCUGUCCGCAUCAUCGACCUAUUCACCAUUAAGCCCCUGGACACUGCCACCAUCAUCUCCAGUGCGAAAGCCACUGGUGGCCGGAUCAUCACGGUGGAGGAUCACUAUCCGGAAGGUGGUGUUGGGGAAGCGGUGUGUGCUGCCGUCUCCUCAGAGCCUGAUAUCGUGGUCCGUCAGCUGGCGGCGCCAGUGAUGGGCGUGCCCCGGAGUGGCAGGCCUGGCGAGAUGCUGAGUAUGUUCGGCAUCAGCGCCAGACACAUCGUGGUGGCUGUGAAGCGCAUGCUGACACAGUGACACCCCCACCCGGCCCCGAGUCAGGCUCAACUCAGUUCUUCCCUCCGAUGUCCCAGUUCAGUCCUCCCUCCUCCCUUUGAACAGAACUGUUAAGCCCCGUUGCAAAUGUUCGUUUUCUAAGCAACCAAUAAAGUUACUGCAUCAAUA